GUGGUGGGACCCACGGGCUCCGGGAAAAGCUCCUUUGUCAGUCAGGCAAGCGGCAUCCAAGACGACAUCGUAGGCCACGACUUGGUCUCGAAGACGUCCGAAAUUCUGGCAGUCAAGUAUACGGACGAGGAGAGCGGUCUGGAUAUCGUCUUGGUCGAUACACCGGGACUCAGCAACACCCUGAAAGAUGAUUCCGAGGUUCUCCGCAUGUUUACUGAGUGGUCCCGCAAGCUGAAGAAAAGAGACCUCGUUAUCUCCGGGAUACUCUACUUCCAUAGGAUAUCGGACAAUCGGAUACCCGCAAAUCCACUGAGGGCCCUAUGCGUUUUUGGGGAGCCAUGUGGAGGCCUUGGCGCAGCCCUGUCCAAGACCAUUUUGACCAUCACAAUGUGGAACGACGUGGGCGAUGAGAUAGGCGAAAAAAGGCUGGUAGAGCUCAAAUCCACGUUCUGGAAGGUGGUGUUGAAAUAUAUGAACGACGUAGAAUCAGCCAGAGAGCUUAUCCGUGAAGUCAUACGGAGUCGUGGAGGACAACACCAGGGAGCAAUGCCAAAGCAGGACAUGGCUCUGACUGUUCAAGAACGCUCUCGUCAGGACCUACUCAAGAAUUUGGAAACACUUACGGAGAGGCAACUGGCCAUACUUCGUAAUAUCGAUGAGGAGAGCAGAAACACAUCCGACCCAAAUGCCCUUGCCGCACGGGGCGAAUUGGAACGUGAGUACGAGAAACUGCGAUUGCAGAUGGACGAGGCUUGGCGCCAACUCUGUCAGACGAACAAAUGGUCCUCCCCACCCAAAACAUCAACAAAACGACGCUUUUUUCCAAGAUGA